CAGACCUCCCCUGAAGUGCAGCUGUCUUUCCCACCGACCGAGGGGGCCUGAGAAAAAGUGCUGCAGGCUUGGACCCCAUCCCAUCGGUCUACACUCUGCUUCUCUGCCACUCUCCCUGAGAGUGACCGCCUUCUGAUCAAAGGUGGGAAGGUGGUGAACGAUGACCAGUCCUUCUACGCUGAUUUGUACGUGGAAGACGGUUUGAUAAAACAAAUUGGAGAAAACCUCAUUGUUCCUGGGGGCAUCAGAACCAUCGACGCCCAUGGCCUGUUGGUCCUUCCAGGGGGAGUUGACGUCCACACGAGGCUGCAGAUGCCUGUCCUGGGCAUGACUCCGGCUGAUGACUUCUGCCAGGGCACCAAGGCCGCCCUUGCGGGAGGGACCACCAUGAUACUGGACCACGUGUUCCCUGACGUGGGUGUGAGCCUGCUGGCGGCCUACGAGCUGUGGCGGGAGCGCGCGGAUGCCGGGGCAUGCUGCGACUACUCCCUGCAUGUGGACAUCCCCCGCUGGCACGAGAGCAUCAGGGAGGAGCUGGAGGCCCUGGUCAAGGACAAGGGUGUGAACUCCUUCCUGGUCUUCAUGGCGUACAAGGACAGAUGCCAGUGCACCGAUGGCCAGAUGUAUGAGAUCUUCAGCAUCAUUCGGGACCUGGGAGCCUUGGCCCAAGUGCACGCAGAGAACGGGGACAUCGUGGAGGAGGAGCAGAAGCGGUUGCUGGAGCUUGGCAUCACCGGCCCCGAGGGCCAUGUGCUCAGCCACCCCGAGGAGGUGGAGGCAGAGGCUGUGUACCGUGCUGUCACCAUUGCCAAGCAGGCCAACUGCCCCCUGUACGUCACCAAAGUGAUGAGCAAGAGCGCAGCUGACGUGGUCGCCCGGGCCAAGCGCAGGGGGGUGGUCGUGUUCGGGGAGCCCAUCACCGCCAGCCUGGGCACUGACGGCUCACAUUACUGGAGCAAGAACUGGGCAAAAGCCGCGGCCUUCGUCACUUCCCCCCCCAUCAACCCGGACCUCACCACUGCAGACCACCUCACCUCCCUGCUGUCCAGCGGGGACCUCCAGGUGACCGGCAGUGCCCACUGCACCUUCACCACUGCCCAGAAGGCUGUCGGCAAAGACAACUUCACCCUCAUUCCUGAGGGCACCAACGGGGCGGAGGAGCGCCUGUCGGUGGUCUGGGAGAAGUGCGUGGCCUCAGGGAAAAUGGACGAGAAUGAGUUUGUUGCCGUGACCAGUACAAAUGCAGCCAAAAUCUUCAAUUUUUACCCAAGGAAGGGGCGAGUGGCUGUGGGCUCCGAUGCCGACCUGGUUAUAUGGAACCCUAAGGCCACGAAAAUCAUCUCUGCCAAGAGCCACAACCUGAACGUCGAGUACAACAUUUUUGAGGGUGUCGAGUGCCGAGGAGCCCCCGCGGUGGUCAUCAGCCAGGGCAGGGUGGUCCUGGAGGACGGGCACCUGUUUGUCACUCCGGGCGCCGGGCGCUUCAUUCCUCGGAAGACGUUCCCCGACUUCGUCUACAAGAGGAUCAAAGCUCGCAACCGGCUGGCGGAGAUCCACGGUGUGCCCCGAGGCCUCUAUGAUGGGCCGGUCCAUGAGGUGAUGGUGCCAGCCAAGCCUGGGGGCGGCAGCCAGGCCCGCGCAUCCUGCCCAGGGAAGAUCUCAGUGCCACCUGUUCGAAACCUGCACCAGUCGGGGUUCAGCUUGUCUGGAUCUCAGGCAGACGACCACAUUGCCAGACGCACAGCCCAGAAGAUCAUGGCGCCCCCUGGGGGACGUUCCAACAUCACCUCACUGUCCUAGAAGUCACCGCUCAGGGUGUGGUCAAGCUGGUGGGCGCACGGUGUGGGGACCCUCACCCUGUUAGUUUUCCCUUUGUUGAACUGACUUUGAAAGGUGCUUCCCUUCCCCUCCCCAGAAACUCCUUUGGAGGAUUGCAGGUCCUGUGACCAGGGCUGAAUCUGGGGAGGUGUCACUGCCAGGGGCGGCUCAGGUUGCCUGGGCCUGGGGGCUAGGUGCCUCAUGAGGGCAGGGCUGUGGGAAACCCUGGGGCCUCACCACUCACAGGCUAAGGGGCUGGGGCUUGCCCCUCCUCCUGUGUGCUCGCCGCCCCUCGAUGCCCGACGGCCGCCUGCCUCCCUGUGGAGCUGCAGCCUGUGUCCAGGCCCCCGGCCUCCAGCCCGUCCCAGCCCCCCCCAGCAAGGGAGCAGCGCCCGUGAGCUGAGCCCCGCCAGGGCUGCUGUACUUCAGGGACCAGUUGGGAACUUAGCGCGGUGCGUUUGUAGACUCUUCCAAGGACCAAACCUCCGCUUUUGUAGUCGCCCAUCUUCAGGGGAAUUUUAGGACCUUUAGCUAGGAUGCCCUCCUUGUUACUAACUGUGCAUCCCAGUAGUUUAUUAGAGCAGCAGUUUUGUGCGGUGAGGACCACUGUAGCCAGGACUCUGCAUGCCACCACAGCCCAGACCACUGUCACCAGUCUGAUGGGGACUGGCUCAAUUAAAGGCGUCUGGGUCGGAAGCUA